AUGAUCUUCUUACCCAUUAUUUUGACCUCCCUGCUGGUAAGCCUUACAAAUGGAUGUUUCUGUCCACCUGUAAUCAGCUCAUCGUGUGGAUGUGGAGGUGGUGGAUAUAGUUCUUAUUCUGGGGGUGGUUAUGGUGGAGGCUAUGGAGGAGGCUAUGGUGGAGGAGGGUACAGUCAAGGAGCCCCUCAACCUGGUUAUGCUACAUUCUUCAGAGAUUUGACACCGUUUAGACAACCAUAUUAUCAGCAACAGGCUCCGCAAUACUACCCACAAGGGCCAUCCCAAUCCCUUCCUCCAAUGUACCAACUUCCAAAUCCUCGAUACAUUCAACCACAAGCCCCAUCUCGUCCACAAUACGUUGCCGCUCGACCAGCUCCUCGACCAGCUCCAUACCAUCCAACACUUGUUCAAGAAAAACAAGUAUACAUUCAACCUGCUGCUCCAGUCGCCCCACUUGCAGAGACUCGUAAAGUGACGCUUCAUGAUAACGGAUAUGGGAAGGAAGUGGAAAUCACCACCACUUAUGCUCCAGUAGUAACGGAGGCUCCAGUUAUUGAGGAGACCACUGCCGCCGCUGUCGAUGAAGUACCUGACUUCGAUGAGACACCGGUUAAGAAGGGAGACAAGGAAGAGUUCUAUUACGUGUACUAUGAUGACAAGGGUAACAAAGUUGGCGACUCGAGAUCUGGAACCACUUUUGCACCGGAGAAUGUGAUAGUUGAGGAGGAGACUACAGUGAUGCCGGCUCCAGCUUCAGUUCAUGUGGAGGUUACGACCGAACGAGUCGAAGCCAACGAGAACUACGACGAUAUUGUGGAGGAGACACAUGUUCCUGAAAGAACUUCCCUUGGGCCAAGUUACACACCAGAAGCUGUAACAAGUACAACGGUCGUGUUUGUGGAGUCAAAAGCUGGAGCAUCAACUGUGGCGCCAUCUGCUGGGGAGAAUGCGGAAGUAAUCUACGAAGACGAGACCGUCGAAUACGAAGACGACGGUCACCACGAGACAUCCGUUGCGUCCACCAAGAAACCCCAAUACGGAGAAUUCAAACGUACCGUCCAAGACAAUCAAAUCCUUGUCGACGCCGCCGACUCCACCGGAGAAAGUUACCGUAGCCGGAACGCCGUAAACGGAGUCCGUAUUGUGAAACGAUUCAGGCACGAUGAGAGAAAGAUUCAUUCGAAUUAA